UUCAGUUUCGUUUUACAUUUAUUUUCUCUCCUUGUCUCUUACUCCACACCAUUUGCUGGUUUUAUUUAUCUUUUCUAUUCACUCCUCAGCAUUUAAAUCCAUACCCUAAUAAGAUCAUGAGAAUUCGAAAGAACAAGAAGCUAUCGUCGCUGAUAUGCACGCAAGGUUCAAGGCCCGACGGUGUUCACGUUUGCCGACUGAACCAGUCGACAUGGGAUGCGAUUCCUUUAUCUCCAGAACCGUACCCUUCGCAUCUUCAUCACCAGUUCGAAUGUGAAGAUAGCUUUAAUGGAAAUGGGAGUGUUGGCGAUUCUAUCGGUGCUGUUGAGAGCGUAGCUACAAUUGUGGGGAGUAAAGAGGAAGCAGAAACGAAAGUGGGAAGCAUGGCUAUCGAUGAUAAUAAUGACAACUAUGAGACUAAAUCAGCCAAGCAAUUUGGGUUCGAGAGCCAAUGCGAAGAAGAUGAAGAGGAUAAGGAAUCCUAUCAAGAGCCAUGUCUAUUGAAAUCUUGCAACAACAGCGGCGAUAGUGGGGAUUAUAUUAGUGUCAGUAAGAAAGCCGGGAAUCACAACAAUCAACCGACCGUGAGCGGCCGACUACGAGCACGAGCAUCAAAGAAAGGCUCGUCAUCAGCGUCGAAUCCAUAUGAAUUUUACUAUUAUUCUGGGUUUGGGCCGUCGUGGGGGAAAAAGAGACGCGGAGGAGAUGAAGUAAAGGGAAUCAGAAAGAUUAAUCGCAUUGAUCCUAAAGAGGUCGAAAACAACGGAAGCGUUAUCACUUCCCAAAACAAUUCGGCGCUGUCGUCUUCCUCACAAAUCCAUGAUAACGAAGAAUUUGAUUAUGUCGAUGACGACGAGAAUGAGGACAGUGGCAAGAAACGAAUGAGAAAGCCCAUUAAAGCAAGAUCGUUGAAGUCUCUAAUGUGAAGGGGG